GGCUGAGGUCAGAUUGCCUCAGAAACGUUAUUACAGGCAGCGGGCUCAUUCAAACCCCAUCGCUGAUCACUGUUUCACGUAAACUUGCAGCCCACCAUGCCCGGACGAUAUGGACUGGGAGGAGUACUUCCCAAACUUUCCGGAUGAAACCAAGCAAGUCGAGUUUGCUGACAUUGGCUGUGGCUAUGGCGGUCUUCUAGUGACCCUCUCUCCCAUGUUCCCGGACACAUACAUGGUGGGCAUGGAGAUCCGGGUCAAGGUGUCAGACUACGUCCAGGACCGGAUCAAGGCGCUGCGCGUCCAGCACCCGGGCCAGUACGGGAACGUCGCCUGCAUCCGCACCAAUGCCAUGAAGCACCUGCCAAACUUCUUCCGGAAGGGCCAGCUUUCAAAGAUGUUCUUCCUCUUCCCCGACCCACACUUCAAGAAGCAGAAGCACAAGUGGCGAAUCAUCAGUCGACAGCUGCUAGCCGAGUAUGCCUAUGUCCUUAGAAUUCAGGGCCUUCUCUACACCAUCACGGAUGUGAGAGAACUCCAUGAAUGGAUGGUGUCGCAUCUCGACGAGCACCCACUGUUUGAAAGAGUUUCAGACGAAGAUUUAAAAGAAGACAUUGUCGUUGAAAAGCUGUACGAAAGCACGGAGGAAGGCAAGAAGGUCACGAGAAACUCUGGAGAAAAGUUCCUGGCUGUCUUCAGGAGGGUGGAAGAUUCCUAUGUUCCUGGACAGAGUGAUCUCUAGCUGGACAGGUUCCAAGGCAAGAGAAUAAAGCUGUACAUUAUGUAUGAAUCCAUCCUGUAAAA